AUGCCAUCACAGAAUGAUCUUUCUAUCGCACAAUUUCAACAUGCUACGGCUUGGAAGGUUCAAGAGUUGGCAAGUAGUGUUCAAGAUCUUGCCGUGAAAAUGGAGAACCCAUAUAUCAGAGGAAGGAUGAGGGAUUCCAAGUUGGCCAGAAAGGCAGAUACUCGAGAGAAGGAUCCAAUGCCAAUAAACUAA